AUGUAAACUUUUGUAUAAUAGGUCCAAAGCAAGACAAAAAGAUUACAGGUAAACAGAAUUGGAUUGAAGGGAAAAAAACAAAUAAUAAAAGUUUUACUUAGCUAAUUUUUGCACACACUCCAUGUGCCCGUGGCAGUGGCUUUUGCUUUGUUUUGUUUCACUUUGCCACAUCCAUCCUCACAUCAUCACAUCACCGAGCGAGCCAUGGCGAAGCCCGAAAGCCGCACCAACUUGGCUUCGUGUUUCGUUGCCACCAUUUUCUUGAUCUUUCUUCUCAUUGUCGUCUUCAUCGUUUACUUCACUGUGUUCAAGCCGCAGGACCCCAAAAUCGCUGUGAGCGCCGUCCAGAUCCCUUCCUUCUCCGCGACUAACGGCACCGUCAACUUCACGUUCUCACAGUACGCCUCCGUUAGGAACCCUAACCGAGGCACGUUCUCGCACUACGACAGCUCGCUCCAGCUUCUCUACUACGGCAGACAGGUCGGCUUCAUGUUCGUUCCCGCUGGCAGGACUCAGUACAUGGCCGCCACCUUCACCGUCCAGUCCUUCCCCUUGGGCCUCGGUCCCCCCUUCGUUGAUGGGCCCAGUAAUGUGGGGCCCACGAUGGAGAUCGAGUCGAGGAUUGAGAUGGCGGGGCGCGUGAGGGUGUUGCACCUCUUCAGUCGUCACGUGGAGGCCAAAGCUCAAUGCAGGGUCGCCAUCGCCAUCACCGAUGGAUCCGUAUUAGGUUUUCGGUGCUAAUUUAGCAGUAAUUCUUUCUUUCUUUCACCUUUUUCCUUCUGUACCUGUAAAUUACUACUACUGUAACAGUAGUUGUCAGCGUAAAAUCCUAAAUUUUUCAUCAAGGGUUUACCAAAUUAGCGUUAUUAGGAGCUAAAUUCAUCAUCCAAAUGUUUAGUAGCAGGAACUAUCUAAAUUUAAUAAUAAAUUAUCUUUCAAAAUUA